UCGCUCUGUCUCUCUCAAAUCCAUCCUCCACGGGCAUCACUCCAAUUACAAAGUCCAAUCACCAUUAAUUCGACAGCUCCCCCUCCCCCGUCCAUCGUUGAUCCCCAUGUAGGAGCUCCAAGCCGCGACGAAAAACCAGGCAUACAUGGAGACGGCCGUCCAGGAGAGUGCGAGCGCGGCGCCGGCGCCGUCGUGGGCGGACAUGGAGACGGACUGCCUGGUGCACGUGUUCCGGCGGCUGGACCUCGAGGACCUGGCCGCGGCGGCCCCGCUCGUGUGCCGCGGGUGGCGACGCGCGGCGGCGGACCCGUCCCUGUGGCGCGCGCUCGACCUGCGCCGCGACCACGUCGCGCGGUUCAUGCCGUGGGGCGCGCUCGCCGCCGCCUUCGCGCGCCGCUACGACGUGUCCCGGUUCACCUUCGCCGGCUUCCUCAGGAUCUGCGUCGCGCGCGCGCGUGGGUCCGCGGCCGACAUCACUCUCCCGCCGCUCCUCGCUUCGCCGGCCGCCGAGCUCGACCACAUUUCCCUCCAGUGCCCAAGAGUGCGGCGGCUGGCGCUCCCAAAGCUGCCCGCCGGCGACGAGGCGCGCCUGCCGGAGCUCAUCCCGCGGUGGCCCCUCCUCGAGCACCUCGAGCUCGAAGCCAAGCCGUCGUCGUGCUUCCCCGACAUCGCCGCGAAGCUCGCACUGUACUGUCCGAACUUCGCCAGCCUUAAGACCACCGGGUCCGUCAAGCCGGAGGACGCCGUGGCCCUGGCGUGCUCCCUGCACAGGCUCCGGUCGCUGUGCCUCGACAGGUCCUACCUGCCCAGGCGGGAGCUGCUUGCUAUCCUCGUCGGCUGCAGGGAGAUGCGGAAGUUCAGCGCGCGGAGCUGCGUCGGGUUCGACGACAAGGACGAAGAGGUGAUCAGGCGAGGGGCCAGAAUCGAGCGGUUCGAGAUUGGAGGGUCCAGUCGGCUCGACGAGUUCGAGGACGAGAUGGCCACCGGCGACGAGCUCUGCGACUCCUCCUACGUCGACGUGAUGUGACCGUGGUAUACGUGUACGGUGUACCACGUACGCGUAUGGAGAUGAAGAGUGUAAUUAAUGUGCAAUUGGGCUCUGAUUUGAUUACAUCACGUGUGUUAAUUGGUUUUGUUAUGAAAUUAAUAAAAGUCUAAAGUUAUUUAGACGAUGCGUAUGUGU